AUGCCUUCGUCCCGAUCGCCCACCCCACCAUCCGCCAAUUCCCCCACUCGACCCGCGUCUUCCCCCGCGGUCCCCGGUCCCCCGCCCUCCUCCCUCCGCCCGCUCACGCUUCUGGCUCCCCCAUCCCCCGCCGCGCAAUUGCCUUCUGCGGGGCAACCUUCCCCCGCGCCAAUCACGCUCCUCCCGUCCUUGCGCGACCUCCCCAGUUCGGCCUUCCCCAAGUCCCCCUCCCCCCCGUCUGACGACCCACCAUGCGCGGGUACGGGGGGAAGAGAGGCGGCAGGAGGGGCAGAGGGCGAACGGGUAUUUACUUUCAUCGGUCGGCGAUCGGCUGUAGUCGGUGUGGGUGGAGGGGACGCACUGGGUGGGAUCAGGGCUGACGCAGCUGAUCAAUUUGUGGCACCUGAAGCAGCACCUGACGCGGCACCUGACGCAGCACCUGACGCGGCACCUGACGCACCUAUGGAUAUGGAUCCGUCGCAGCAGCACGUGAGAGAGUCCCAGCCGGGGGAAGGUCGCAGUGGCGCAGACUCCGAUCCCCGCGCGCGCCUCAUGCGCCCUCCGGCUCUGCCCCCCGCCAGCCGUGGCGGGGCGGAAGGCGGGAUGGCGCGAGAGCGCGUGAGACUGAUGGGCGCGGUGCUGCCGGCUGCGCCUGGCAAGCACGCGGCGGGCGGUGGGGCGGAAGGCGGAAGAGUAGGCGCGGGAGCAGUGAGAUCCGCGGAUGGGGUGGGCGAGGGGAACGGCCAAGCGCAAUGGCUACCGGCGGGUGAGGAUGAGGGAGUGGGGGACUGGGGGGAGGACAACGAGGCGCGCCGGAAGCGCGCGCGGACGGAGCGGCAAGGCGGAGAGGGCGCGGCAGGCGCGGUGGGUGAGAUAGGGUUCGGCGGGGCAUGGCACGGGGAGCAGGAGAGGCGCGGAAGUGCGGGGUUGGGGGGAUUGCAAUAUGAGGGGCAAAUGGCUGGGCAAGGAUGGUCGGGGGAAGAUGAGCGGAAGCCGGCGCAGGAUCAGGCGCGCGAGCAGGGACAGGGGGAACAUGGGGAACACGGGGAACAGGGGGAGCCAGGGGAGGAGGAAGAAGGGGAGGAGCAGGCACAGGAGCAAGAGCAGGCGCAAGAGCAGGAGCAGGCGCAGGAGCAGGAGCGGGAGCAGGAAGGGGAGGAGGUAGGGGGGGAGGAUGAGGGGGAGGGCGCGAGCAUUCGGCAGCGGUUGCUGCAGCAGCACAGGCAGAUGCUGGCGGCGGCGCAGCACUCGCUGCUGAUGCGCGGAGGGGGGGAGGGCGCGGAGGGCGCGCACGGCGGAGUGGACCUUCUGCAGCAGCAGCGCCAGCUGCAGCGCCAAUACCUGCGCCUGCUGCAGCGGGACAUGCGCGCGCAGCUUAACAGAGGGACGCCCGGGGGAGGCAGGGGGCGGGGCGGAGCGUUGGGGGCGGACGGGCGCGCGGGGGUCGCAGGCGCAGGGGGGGUUGGGGGACAGGAGAGGAUGUGGGCGGUAGCUGGCGCCGCGGCUGGGCGGCGGGGACAGCAGGGGCAGCAGCAGGGGCAGCAGCAGGGGCGGCAGGCAGGCGAUACAGCUGGCAGGAUAACACCGUCCCCAGGUGCAACAGCAGCAGCACCGUCAGCAGCAGCACCGUCAGCAGCAACUCCAGCAACUGCAGCAGCUCUAGUAGCGCCAGUGCGGGCUGUUUCCCCCACCGGCGGCGUGAGAGGCGAGGCGGCGCAGGGGGUGGCGGCAGGGGGGCGGUGGCGGGACGUGCUGGGGGAGGGGGGAGCGCGCCCGGAUGCAAGGCGGGUGGGCGUCCGCGAAAGGGACUGCGAGGAGGCGGAGGCGGAGGGGGUGGGGGAGGCGGAGGGGGAAGGGGAGGGGGAAGCGUGGGGGGAGCAAGGAGAAGGGCGGGAUGAUGGGGAAGCGGAAAUGGUCGCGGAGGUGUGGAACGAGCCAGCUGUAACAGGUUGGGGGGCGGCCGGGGAAGGCUGGGCGGCAGGGGAGGGCCGGGCGGCGGCAGUGACACAUGUAGCAAGGCCAUUGGUGGCGGAGCCUGGGCGGGCGGCGGAAGGGUGGUUUCACCCGGUUGUGCAGGCGGACAUCUGGCGCAGGGCGCAGCAAGGGGGUGCCGCUGCUGGCGCUGCUGCAGGUGGCGCUGUUGGUGUGGUUGGUGCUGCCGGCGGUGGUGAUGGCCAUGGUGGUGGUAAUGGUGGUUUUGAGGAGGAGGCAGGAGAAACGGGCUGGGGGGAGCGGGAGGGAGCAGGGGUAGCGCAUAGGGCACAUGGGGCGCAUGGGGUGGCGCAUGGGGGGGCGUAUGAGGCGCAUGGGGCGCAUCCCGCGCCUGCUGUACCCUCAGAGCGUGUGCUUGUAACGGGGCCGUUUCUCUUCUCCACGCAGCAGCUGGGGGGGCGCGCGGAGGAGGGGCUGCGCAGCAACUCCAACGUCUGCGGGCCCCCCCGCGCGGGGGGCAUGGGCGCAGGCGCGGGGGAGCGCACGGGGAGCUCGCUGGACGAGACUGAGGAGUCAGAGGGGAGUGGCGGAUGGGCGGGGGAAGGGGGAGGCGGAGGGGGAGGGGGAAGGGCGCGGGAGACGGAGAGGGAGGAGAUGGGGAGGGGAGAGGGGGGAGGGAGGGGGAGGGCGGGGCAGGGGAGUCGCGUGGCGAUGGUGUGUGGGGCGCGAGGGGUGGUGAAGGGGGGAAGGGGGGAAGGGAGGCAGAUGGGAGGCGGGGAGGCGGAGCAACGGAAAGCGGGGGAGGGGAGAGUGCAGGGUGGCAAUGCGCCAGGCAGUGGCGCAGCUGGCGCUGGGGGCGGCGGAAGGGUGACUGGCGCUGCUGGUGCAGGUGGUGAUGGGGGUACGGGUCGUGGUGGUGAUGCGGGCAAUGGUCGUGGCGGAGGGGCAACAGCGGCUGGCGGGGCAGCAGGAGCAGCAGGGGCAGCAGGGGCAGCAAGGCCGCAGGCGCCAAUGGCAGGCCCAAGGCAGCAGCAGCAGCAGCAGCAGCAGCGGCUACAGCCCCUGCCACAGCAGCAGCGCCACGACCCUCUGCCGUCGCCACCACCCCCACAGCAGCAGCAGCAGCUGAGGCACACGCAUGGGAUGGCGGAGAGAGGAGCAGCAGGCGGGGCAGCAGCAGCGCCACCACCACCGCCGGCUGUUGAUGCUGGUGCGCGUGGCAGAGGCAGAGAGGGGGGGCCAGCCCCUCUACCCACCACCGCCCCCUCCUCCGCACAUCAACCACCCUUCCUCCGCCACCCUCCUCCCCACCUCCCCCACACACCAUCCGCGCCCGCCGCCCUACAACCCCCAGCCCCUCCCCCCGUCCGCGCUGCAGCAAACCCCUCCCCUCCGCCCCCCCACCUCCCCUCACCUCCCGCCAUGCCGCCUCCCAGGCUGGACCCACCAGCAACCGCGCCUCAACCCAGGGUUGGCCCUCCCACAUUGACCCCUCAACCGCUACUGUCGCUGCGGCGCUGGUUGAACCGCGCGGGCAGGGAGGUGGAUCGAUUGGAGAGCCUGUUUCUGUUCGCGCAGGUGGUGGACAUGGUCGCUGCCGCCCACGCGCAGGGCCACGUGGUGCGCCACGUGCGGCCGGCGUGCUUUGUCCUGUCUGCGCACCGAAGGGUGGUGUACCAUCCGCCAUUCCUGCGGGCGCGAGCGGGGGGGACGGGAGAGGGGGAGGGGGAGGUGGGGGGGGGGGAGACGGGGGAAGGAGAGAUGGGGGAUGGGGGGAGUGGAGGGCAGGUUCGGUUGCAACAGGAGGAGCAGCAGCAACAGCAGCAGCAGCAGCAGCAGCAGCAGCAGCAGCAGCAGCAGCAGGGGUGGCGGCAGCAAGAGGACGGGGGUGCGGGCGGAGGGGCAGCAGAGGGGGCAGCGACGUGGAGGGAGCAGCAGGCGGAGGCAUGGCAGCGGGCAAUGCUGCAGGAGCAGGGGGAGGAGGGGCAUCUAGCGCAGGGGCAGGGGCAGGGGCAGGGGCAUCUGGCGCAGGGGCAAAGGCAGGAGAACGAGGAGGAGGGGACAUGCAGUGGGGAGGGGAAGGGGGAAGGGCAGGGGGAGAGGGGGGGGAGGGCGGAGGAGGAGGAGGCGCGGUGGUACACGUCACCGGAGGAGGCGAGGGGCGACCCUGUGGGGGCGGCGUCUGACGUGUUCAAGCUGGGCGUGCUCUUCUUCGAGCUCUUCUGUCCAUUCACCAGCGCCACGGAGAGAAGCAUGAUAAUGGCGGAUCUCUGCCAUCGCAUCUUGCCGCCGCGCCUGCUCUCCCAUCGCCCCAAGGAGGCCGCCUUCUGCCUCUGGCUGCUGCACCCGCAACCCUCCGCGCGCCCCACCGCAUCUCGCCUUGCCCAACUCUCCAUGCCUUCCUCCUUGCAGGGAGGUGCGCAGCAGCCAGCUCUUAGCAGACGUGGCGAGCAUGUUCGCGCACAGGGGGCAGCAGGCGAGGCUGGAGGCACAGGAGGCGGAGUGUGCCGUGCUACCUGCCUUCCUCUCCACUCAUUUCAACUACUAUCUUGUUCCGUCUUCCCUGCCUGUUCUCUCAGGGAGGUGCGCAGCAGUCAACUGCUGGCAGAUGUAGCAAGCAUGUUCGCGCACAGGGGGCAGCAGGCGGGGCUGGAGGCACAGGAGGCGGAGUGUGACGUGUUACUCGCCUUCCUCUCGCGAAUCCACCUCGCCAAGCAGUCUGCCGCCCAGAAACUCGCCCUGGAUCUCGGGCGGCUCACUGGGGAUAUUCACGAGGUGCACCGCAGGCGGGCGGCGGUGAUGGGCGGGCAGCAGGCGCACGGGCGGCACGGGCAUGGGCGGCAGGGGCAAGGGCGGCAGAUGCACGCACAUGGAUCAGGGCAGUCCCAGAGGCAGCAGGGGCAGUCGCAGGGGCAGUCCCAGCCGCUCAUGCUGCCAGCCCCGUCAGCACAGACGGUAGAGGAGAGGGAAGGCGGCAGAGGGGGACGCAGGGAGACUGGGUGGGAGGGUGGCAGAGAGGGUGGGAGUGACAUGAGUGGAGGCGCAGAGAGGGACCUUUGGGGUGCCUUUUCGCCGCGCUCCCCUCGCCCUGGGCUCAUCCCAACCUCUCAUGCCGCUGCUGCUGCAGCUGCUGACAUGAGUGGAGUGGUGAGCAUGGGUGGGGGAGGGCGAGAGGCGAGAGGGAGGUGGCCGACAGGUGAAGUGGAGGAGGCACGAGAAGGGGCACGGCAUUUCCCUUCCUCUGUUGCUGCUGGUGCUGCUGGCGUUACUGUUGCUCCAUUCGGCAUGGGACGGCCGCGGGGGGCGAGGAGGAGCGUGCGGUUACUGCGUAACCUGGACCGGUUGGAAGAGGUGUAUUUCGCCAUGCGCUGGCGAGUAGAGGCGGCCAAUGGGGGAGCUGUUGGGAGGGGGGGCGGUGGUGGUGGUGCUGCUGCUGCUGCCGCUGCAGCUGCUGCUCUUCCUGCAAAUGAUGCUGCCGUGCCGCUUGCUGCACCUCGUGCCGCUGCUGGCGCCGGUGCUGGUGGUGGUGUUGGGAGUGGUGGGCUUGGUGGCGUUGAUGGUGGUGACAGUAGUGCCGGCCUUGGUGGUGAGGAUGAUGAGUCCAGUCAGGGUCGGGUGAGGCCAAGAGAGGCGAUGGUGAUGGAAGGGGGAGCAGGGGACAGAAGAGGCGAAGGCACAGGUUCAGAGGCGGAGGCAGGGCAGGCCGGGGCAGCAGCACCCGCUUCGACUGCUGCCCGGGGGGCAGUGGUUGGUGCAGGGUGGGAAGCAGCAGGUGGGGCAGCAGCAGGUGGGGCAGCAGCACCAGCAACAGCGGCAGGAAGAGCAGGCGGAGCAUUGGCACCACCACAGCAGCAGCAGCAGCAGCAGCAGCAGCAGCAGCAUCUGCACGAGCAACACGGAGUGACCGAGAGCAGGGACCUACUAGGCGAGUUCUUCGACUCACUCUGCAAGUUUGCGCGCUACUCGCGCUUUGAGGUGCGCGCCACGCUGCGCCACGCGCACCUGCUCAACGCGGCCUCCAUGGUCUGCUCCCUCGCCUUCGACCGCGACGCGCAGUUCUUCGCCACGGGCGGCGUCUGUCGGCGCAUUCGGAUCUUCGAGUGCGAGAGCGUGCUGGCCGGGCGGCGCGUGGACGUGCAUUAUCCGGUGGUGGAGAUGGGGUGUCGGGCCAAGCUGUCGUGUGUGAGCUGGAACGGGUACAUCAAGAAUAGACUGGCCUCCGCGGACUAUGAUGGAGUUGUGCAGGUGAGCAGUGAGGUGGGGAAGGGAGAGAAGCUGGGGGGUUUUGAGUGGGAGCAGUGGGGUGAUGGGUUGCUGGGCCAAGCGGUCGUCUGUGAGGUGGAACGGGUACAGGUGAGCAUUUGUGGGGCUGCCGGCACGGGAGCAACAGUGGUGGAGUGGGGGGGGCACGAGAAGCGGGCAUGGGGUGUGAAAUCAUCUCCCUGCGACUCCCUGCUUCCACCCCUCCUGGGGGCACCUCAGUGCACUCCUCACUGGCCUUCCCUUCCUCUCUCCCCUUCCCCUCUUUCCUUCCCCUCUUUCCUUCCCCUCUUCCCCCCUGCACUUCCCACCCCCUUCUCCAACCCAUCCCCCCCAGUUGUGGGAUGCGGGCACAGGGGCAGCGGUGAUGGAGUGGGGGGAGCACGAGAAGCGCGCGUGGAGUGUGUGUGGACUUCUCUCCCUGCGACCCCCUGCUUCCACCCCGGCUUCCCCCCCUGGUGGGGGGUCUUCAAUGCCCCCCUCUUUCCCCACCCCUUUCUCCCCCUCCCCCACAAUCUCCAGUUGUGGGAUGCGGGCACGGGGGCAGCGGUGAUGGAGUGGGGGGAGCAUGAGAAGCGGGCAUGGAGUGUGGACUUCUCUCCCUGCGACCCCACGCGCCUCGCCAGUGGCAGCGACGACGGCACUGUCAAGCUGUGGAGCAUCAACCAGGACACGAGUGUGGGCACGAUCCACACCAAGGCCAACGUGUGCUCGGUGGCCUUCCCCCCGCACUCCUCGCACCUGCUCGCCCUCGGCUCGGCAGACUACUCGCUGCACUGCUUCGACCUGCGCUCGCUCCGCGCGCCCCUCGCCACACUCACGGGCCACAGCAAGGCUGUCAGCUACGUGAAAUUCGUCGACGCUUCCACCAUCGUGUCUGCCUCAACGGACAACACUCUUAAGCUGUGGGACCUGAACCAAGCAUGCAGCCAGCAGCAAGGCGAGGGGGCCUCUGCUUGCACAAGGACGUUUACCGGGCACACCAAUGAGAAGAAUUUUGUGGGGCUCACUGUGGCUGAUGGCUACAUCGCAUGCGGCUCCGAAACCAACGAGGUGUUUGCGUUCCACAAGUCACUCCCGAUGCCCAUGGCAGCACACCGUUUCGGCGGGGUGGACCCGGUCACAGGCGCGGACACGGAGGAGGACGCGGGGCAGUUUGUGUCGAGCGUGUGCUGGCGGGGGGACUCGCAGACGCUCGUUGCUGCGAAUUCAACUGGGAACAUCAAACUGCUCGAGAUGGGAGGAGAGGGGGGGAUGCAUAGGUGGGAGUGCAGUGGUGUGAGCCUGAGGGGCGCCGAUAGGGAGGAAAAGGGGAUGCAGCGAUGGGAACUCCACUGGGAUUACCCAACUGCUGGAGACUCCGUCCGCGAGUUUUUCCGCCAGUCUUCCGCCGAUCCCCCGCCCAGUCCGCCGCCAGGCGCCAUGAGUGCGGAGGAGCUGCAGCCGCCGCGCGUGCUGCCGACGGUGCCGGAGACGGUGCUGAAGAAGCGGAAGAAGGACGAGCAAUUCGCGGCGGAGAAGCGCGAGCAGUUCCUGCAGAAGCACGCGCACCGCGGGAAGCGCGGAAAGGCGGAGAAGCGCUUCAAACGCCCCGAGGACUUCGUGCUGGCCUUCCGCCGGAGGGAGCGCGAUGCUAAGCGCGUUCGCGCGGACCGGGUGGUGGGGCGGCGGGUGCAGCUGAAGCCGGUGGUGGCGGGGGGGGGAACCGCGGCGCAGCGGAGGCUGGCGCGGCGGAAGCUGAAGGCCGCGCAGAAAGCGGUGGAGCGGAUGGGCGCAGCGGGGAAGGGGGAUGAGAAGGGGGGCGUUUUGGCGGGAACGAACCUGAAGCUGCUGUUUGCCGUGCGGAUCCGCGGGGUGCAACACGAAAUGACGAAGCAGUCGCGGAGUAUACUCAAGAUGCUCCGACUCACAGAGCUCAACUCGGGCGUCUUCCUGCGAGCCACGGACCGCACGGCUCAAAUGCUGCAACUCGUCGAGCCCUAUGUCACCUUCGGGUUCCCCAACCUGUCAUCAGUGCGCGCGCUCAUAAUGAAGCGAGGAGUGGCACGCAUACGGCAGCAAGAGGAGGGGGAAGGCGACGACGAGGGGGAGGAGGGCGAAGAGGGGGAAGAUGCAGGGGAAGGGGAGGAGCAGGAGGAGGGGGAUGAGGAAGCAGAGGGGGAGGAGGGAGGGGAGGGAGAGACCAACGAGGUGGAAGCAAGGGAGGGGGCGGCUUCAGAAGGGGCAGGGGGGAGUGGGGCAAUGGUGGUGGGGGUACCCAGAAAGCAGGAGGCGAUGGUGGGGUGGACAGGGCCGGUGGAUGCAGCAGAGGAGGCCAAGGGGUGGCGGCGAGUGCCCCUCACUGACAACGCUAUUGUAGAACAGGCGGGGGGGAUGGUGGGGUGGACAGGGCCGGUGGGUGCAGCGGAAGAGGCCAAGGGGUGGCGGCGAGCGCCCCUCACUGACAACGCUGUAAACCCAGUGCUGGUUCUCCAUCCCCCCCCCCCCCUUCAAGUUCUCACACUCCUCUGCUGCUUUGCCUCAUGCCCCUCGCUCUUGCUUCGCUCCCUGCAGGCGCUGGGCAGCACAGGCAUCAUCUGUAUCGAGGAUUUGAUUCACGAGAUCGCUACAGUGGGGCCGCACUUCCUGCAAGUGACUGGCUUUCUUUGGCCUUUCCGCCUCGCUGCCCCCAGGGGCAAGUUCAGCAAGGGCGGUUGGUUCAACAAGGGAGGGGAGGCUGGGAACAGAGGAGUUGAAAUUAAUGAGCUCAUUCGCUCAAUGGCAUGA